GCCACCAGUUGCGUGAAGCCAAUCGCCAAGUGAUCAAGUGAAAAUAAGAAGUACCAAAUUUAAAUACGAAAAAUGCGCGGACAAUUGAAAACCCUGGGAGUGGGAUGUGCGGUACUGGCAGCGGUGCUCCUUCUUCUGGCCGGGAGCAGCGAGGCGAGGCCCAUGGACCUGUACGACGACGUGAGCGACUUCUUCGACGCCAUCUCGCUGGACGAUGUGGCCAACACCGGGCGCAACACUCAUCCGGAGCAGUUCUGCCUGAUGCCGGCGCGCAAGGGAGUCUGCCGGGCUCUGAUCCCCCGAUGGCGCUACGAUCCGGAGCAGAAAAAGUGCGUGGAGUUCAAAUUUGGCGGCUGCGACGGCAACGAGAACAACUUCUCCAGCUACAAGGACUGCAUGUCCACCUGUGAGGGCAUGUAAGGACCUCCGAAUCCAGAUCCGGAUGGGGAUCGGCCUUUCACGGCGGACGUGUUGCCAAAGGCGCCUGCUUUUCCUUCGAGCUCUGAAAAAUAGCGAAACAAAGGCAGAAUACUCUACUUUAAAACUCACGCACAUCACAAUCCAUGCGAUUAACCGUCUCUUCUACCUAAUAUUUAUGUAGUUUCUGUCAUUGAUCCAUUUAUGUUGUAUUUUUUGGGUGUUCGACGCCCGCCACCCAUCUAGAGCUUAAGUUAUUGUGAUAAAAUAUUUUUA